CUCUUUGUACUCCCCGCCCCCCUGUCCACACCCCACACCCCCCUAGCCCUAUAAAUAGGCCCAGCUCAGGCUGUGGCUGAAGCUUACUACACUGGAGCCCCAGGCAGUUAGUCUCCUCACGCCACCGCCCACCAAGCCCCCAGCCAACAUGGCCAGCGAGUUUAAGAAGAAGAUCUUCUGGAGGGCGGUGGUGGCUGAGUUCCUGGCCAUGAUCCUCUUCAUCUUCAUCAGCAUCGGCACUGCCUUGGGCUUCCAGUACCCAGUGGGCAGCAACCAGACGGCUGUGCAGGACAACGUGAAGGUUUCACUGGCCUUUGGCCUGAGCAUCGCCACGCUGGCCCAGAGCGUGGGCCACAUCAGCGGCGCCCACCUCAACCCAGCUGUCACGCUCGGGUUGCUGCUCAGCUGCCAGAUUAGCAUCCUUCGGGCCGUGCUGUACAUCGUGGCCCAGUGUGUGGGCGCCAUCGUCGCCACUGCCAUCCUCUCUGGCAUCACCUCCUCCCUGCCUGAUAACUCGCUGGGCCGCAACGAUCUGGCCCCCGGUGUGAACUCAGGCCAGGGCCUGGGCAUCGAGAUCAUUGGCACCCUGCAGUUGGUGCUGUGCGUACUGGCCACCACUGACCGCCGGCGCCGCGACCUGGGCGGCUCAGCACCCCUCGCCAUUGGCUUCUCUGUGGCCCUGGGACACCUGCUGGCAAUUGACUACACAGGCUGCAGCAUUAACCCGGCUCGGUCCUUCGGCUCCGCGGUGCUCACCCACAACUUCAAUAACCACUGGAUCUUUUGGGUAGGGCCAUUCAUCGGAGCCGCUCUGGCCGUGCUGAUCUACGACUUCAUCCUGGCACCACGCAGCAGUGACCUCACAGACCGCAUAAAGACAUGGACCAGCGGCCAGGUGGAGGAGUACGACCUGGACGGCGAUGACAUCAACUCCAGGGUGGAGAUGAAACCCAAAUAGAGGGGCUGGGGCCCCGGGGCACUGACAUGGGGGGUGGGGGCAAGGGCUGAAAUCCGCAUUGCAGACACUCUGACAAGCUGGCCAAAAGCACCUCCAACUCUAAAUGGGCCCGGCCUGUAGAGGGAGGCCAAGCCUCACCUUGGUGGGGGUGUGUCUCUAUCACUUUCUUUCUCUCUCUGUUUCCUGGCCUCAGAGCUUCCUGAGGACCAAGGUUUACCCAUUCCCCUACUUCCUUGACAUCAUGGAAGAGAUGAAAGAGAGACCCUACCUGCUAGUUGUGCCCCUCAGAGUGCAGCUUUUAUGACCUGGAAGGGGGCGGCCAGACAGUUCCCCUUAUCCUGCUCACCUGCCGCAGGUGCCUGAAGUUCCACUGGUGCAGCUAUGUGCCUUUGGGCAUGGCCCCUCCUUUUCCUAACCUGUAUCUCACAUCUCCCAGAGGUUCUGAGAGAGGAGAGAGAUUCUGGCAGGUGCUUUGGUCUGGUGGGGGGAUGCAGAUAAGCACUGCCCUUGUAGUCUUCCCUGGUCACAGGGUCCUCCCCUCACUCUUGCUGUGUGACUCCAUCCUGUAAAGUGGCAGGCAUAGGACAAGCCUCUCUAGGAUUCUGCUGGUGUAGAUGCAUUUCAGGCUCCAGGAGGUGUAGUAUAGACUGGUGUGGUCCCUUGCCCUUAUCCAUCCCCCAAAGGAGCAACAGCACAUCCACACAUGCAUGUGCCCGUGAGCACAUGCAGGUGGGCUUCAAAGCCAAGUCUACCCACAGUCUAGGGAUCCGGGACUCCCAUUUCCCAGACAGGGGCUUCCCUGAAUGGGGCUUGCAGUUGCAGAUUGAAGGUUGCAGGUCUCUGACUCCCCCUGCCAGUGUGGACACAGGUCCUUGAGAUGUGGGUACAUGUAUCAUUAAGGAACCACAAAUUACUCACAACCCAGAGGCUGAAGAUAGCCUGACCCCAUGGUCCUGACCAGCUCCUAGGGGAUUUUCAAGCUUGCUCCUCCGCUGACCUGAGGGGGAAGAGCCAUAGUGGCAAUGUAAACCGAGAGAUAAUUAUGAUGCAGGUGGAUGACCAGCAGGUCUCAGCAGUCACCACUCUCAGCAGGUUCACCCUUAUGUCUCCUUUUCCUGGCAGGAACUUCUAGCCAUUGAACAGAGAAGGAUCUGAGGCCCGAGAGCCCACAGCUAGAUAAUGGUUUGGCCAGGCCCAACGUUGAAGGCCACAUCUCCGGCUGCUCCCUGCACCUUGCGGCCGACCCCCUCCUCCUUCCUAGCUUUCCCAGUUUCUGCCUAGGCUCUGGCGAGGGGCCAGGAGAGGUGAAGUAGAGGGGCAUGUGGGAGGGGAGAGGGGCAGGCCUACUCCCUGCUGGCUCUGGCUGCUGUGACGCAGAACCCUGCAUCUGUCUGCUCUGCACGCUCAUCUCUCUGGAAUUGGAAUCUCAUGUAUGUUAAGAGAAUAAAGGAAAAAUGACUUGUCACGUC